AUGUCUUAUAUUUCAUCAUUAAAUUUGCUUGGAGACGAUUCACCUGUGCCCAUCUCAGAAGAAGCACUUAAUGAAGAACUUUCUAUUUGGGCAAAUGCACAGUUUACAUUUGAUACAAAGCCAGGAUCCGCUAUACAAGAUGAUUCAUAUAAAAUUACGUUAGAACAUUCAGAAGAUCUUUUUGCAGCUCUUACGAAUUUAGGCAAUUUUAAUGAGAAUAACAAUGACCAAAAUGAUGAUUUAUUAGCAUCGUAUUUAAAUAAUAAUAAUAAUAAUAAUAAUAAUAAUAAUAAUAAUAAUAAUAAUCAAUAUUUAUUGCCAACGUCUCUUCAACAACUGCAACCUCAACAACCAUUAUUACCUAAAAUUGCUCCUGCACCAGUUCAACCAAAUACUACUAAUAGUAUAUUACCCAUAACACCUAUUCAAACACCCAUAACACCAUCUAUAAAGAAGCGUAAAUCAACGCUCACAACAAAAGAAUUAAAUGAAGAAGAAAGAGAAGCGAUUGAAGAAGAUAAAAGAAGAAGGAAUACAGCGGCAUCUGCCAGAUUCCGUAUGAAAAAGAAAUUAAGAGAACAGGCACUUGAAAAAACAGCCAAAGAAAUGACACAUAAAGUAGAAGUGCUUGAAAGAAGAGUACAAGAAUUAGAAAAGGAAGCUAAAUGGCUUCGUGCACUUGUACUUGAAAAAGAUCCUUCCUUACUGAAUAAUAUGAAUACAAAUUAA